GCAUUUGUUUAGUGGAGACAGUCGCGGGUGUUUGAGAUUCAAUUGUAUUUGCGCUCGGGUUUCAAGGCUCUGUAGUUGUUAUGCCAUUGAAGAACAGUCGGGAGUCUGAAGAAAGUGCGGGUGAAGAUGAGUUUCAAGUGGAAAAGAUCCUGAAGGUUCGUAUAAGAAAUGGGAGAAAAGAGUAUUUUCUCAAGUGGAAGGGUUACUCAGAGGAAGACAAUACAUGGGAGCCAGAAGAAAACUUGGAUUGUCCUGACUUAAUCAAGGAAUUCGAGGAGAGACGAGCUCGUGAAAGAACAUCACUUACUAGUCCUGCCAGAACUUCAAGUACUGAUUCCAAACCAAAAAACAGAUCUAAAGGAUCGUCACUCAGUUCAGACAGCACUAAGGAGAUUGGUGAAGAAGUACCCGAACCCGCAAAGAAAAAGCGAACCUCCAGUAUACCCGUGAGUGUGGAAGAGUCAGCUGGUGAAGUACCAAAUGUCCCAGAUGAACCAAAGGAAUCUAUAAAUGAAGAGCAAAAGAAAGUUGUUAAGGCGGCGGGGAAGACGCGUGGGUUUGCUCGGGGGUUAAAAGCUGAAAGGAUUAUUGGAGCUACAGACUCAAGUGGUGAACUGAUGUUUUUGAUGAAAUGGAAAGAUUCUGAUGAAGCUGACUUGGUACCUGCUCGCGAAGCGAACAUCAAAUGUCCACAAAUCGUAAUCCGGUUUUACGAAGAAAGACUAACCUGGCACACACCUGAAAAUCGGCCUUCUGGGACCCCGCGUUCUGGAUCUACCACUCCAAGCGCUGCGACUGCAGCAGCACGCACUUAGCAUCCAGAAUCGUUUUGCAUUUAGCCAGUGACAUGGUUCUUAUUCCUUUUCAUCACGCAUUUCUGUAAAGAUGUCAUUUUGCUUAUGUAUUAUGCCAGAUGUACGUUUUCUUACUAUCUACUCGUUUCUUAUUAAUUGAUUACAAAUCUACAUUGCUUU